CCAGAAUCAGAUUUAUGGAAGGCAGCUGUUGUGGGUUUGACAGACAGACGGAUCGGAGCACUGCUGCGUAACACAAGCAGAUUUGAGUCUGCAGAGGAGUGUGUCAAAUCACACUAAAACAGCAAGGAUGGUGCGUGAGCAGUACCUCACCACCACAGAUGAGUCUGGGUCCCUGGCUCCAAUCACUGAGUACUUCUACAUGAUCGGCAUCUAUGGCUGGAGGAAACGCUGUCUCUAUCUGUUCGUUCUGCUUCUCCUCAUCAUUCUGGUGGUGAACUUUGCCCUCACGAUCUGGAUCCUGCGAGUUAUGUGGUUCAAUACGGAAGGCAUGGGAUACCUGCAGGUCAAUGCAGACGGACUGAGACUGGAGGGAGAAUCAGACUUUCUGUUCCCUCUCUACGCCCAGGAAAUUGACUCCAGAGAGGAUUCAGCUCUUCUGGUGCACUCCUCUGAAAAUGUUACGCUCAAUACUCGCAAUGCCAAUGGUGAUGUAAUAGGAAGUGUGUCUGUAGGUCCCAGUCAGGCAGAGGGUUUUGGCCAACACUUCAAUAUCAGUUCAAACCAUGAUGAAAAUGUAUUUUAUGCAGAUGCAAAUGGAGCCGUUGUGGGAAAAGGAAAGCUCCGCGUUACAGGUCCAGAAGGUGCUUUCUUUGAGCAUUCUGUCAGGACUCCUCUGCUCAAAGCUGUACUUAACAAAGAGCUAAGACUUGAGUCUCCAACACGCUCUCUCAGCAUGGAUGCCCCAAAAGGCAUUCACGUGAAAGCCUUGGCUGGAAAUGUUGAUGUGACGGCACGCUUUGAUAUUCACCUACACUCAACUGCAGGACUGGUGAUUCUAGACGCUGAAAGUGUUCGUCUGCCGACAUUACCUGUGGGAGAAGCCAGAACUUCAGGUGACUCUCAGGGAAUGUACAACACGUAUGAAGUGUGCGUUUGUCCCAGUGGUAAGUUCUUCAUUUCCAGAGCUGGCGUCUCUUCGACCUGCAGCGAGCGCCAGGACUGCUGAAUGACCUUCUGUCCAAAACACCCACACUAGAAACAAAUCGUGUUGUUACAUUGUCGCUGGGCAAGGAAAACAUAAAAAAUUUUU